AUGGCAUGGAUGAAAGAAAAUGAUGGGAAUGGAAAAGAUAAGGAGUUAGGUGGAGAUAAUGGUUUUUCGAAAGUGAAAGAACCCUCAGUUAGUUCUGGUGGUGGUACUGUUUCGGUGAAUAGGAAAUCUGAAGUGAAAGAAGAUAUUUCUUAUGCUAACAUUUUGCGUUCGAGGAACAAGUUUGCGGAUUCUCUUGCUUUGUAUGAGCGUGUUUUGGAGAGUGAUGGUGGGAAUGUGGAGGCUCUCAUUGGGAAAGGGAUAUGUUUGCAGAUGCAGAAUAUGGGUAGGCCUGCUUUUGAUAGUUUUUCGGAGGCUAUUAAGUUGGAUCCUCAGAAUGCUUGUGCUCUCACACAUUGUGGUAUUCUUUAUAAAGAAGAAGGUCGGUUGAUGGAGGCAGCUGAGUCAUAUCAAAAGGCGUUACGGGUGGAUCCUACGUACAAAGCAGCUGCUGAAUGCUUAGCCAUUGUACUAACGGAUAUUGGGACCAACAUAAAGCUUGCAGGAAACACUCAGGAGGGAAUUCAAAAAUAUUUUGAAGCUCUAAAAGUAGAUCCACACUAUGCUCCAGCAUAUUAUAACCUUGGCGUGGUCUAUUCUGAAAUGAUGCAAUAUGACAUGGCCCUCACUUUCUAUGAAAAAGCUUCAUCAGAGAGGCCUAUGUAUGCCGAAGCAUAUUGCAACAUGGGUGUGAUUUAUAAAAAUCGAGGUGAUUUGGAAGCGGCUAUUACUUGUUAUGAGAGGUGUUUAGCUGUUUCACCUAACUUCGAGAUUGCUAAAAAUAACAUGGCUAUAGCUUUGACAGAUUUGGGAACAAAGGUUAAAUUGGAGGGUGACAUCAACCGCGGUGUGGCUUUUUAUAAGAAAGCCUUGUUUUAUAACUGGCAUUAUGCUGAUGCUAUGUAUAAUCUCGGGGUUGCUUAUGGUGAGAUGCUUAAGUUUGAUAUGGCUAUUGUGUUCUAUGAGCUUGCCUUCCAUUUCAAUCCACAUUGUGCGGAAGCUUGUAACAAUCUAGGUGUUAUAUAUAAAGAUCGCGACAACCUUGAUAAAGCUGUAGAAUGCUACCAGCUUGCUUUGUCAAUCAAGCCCAACUUUUCACAGUCAUUAAAUAACCUCGGUGUUGUCUACACUGUCCAGGGUAAGAUGGAUGCCGCUGCAAGUAUGAUUGAGAAAGCCAUCAUUGCAAAUCCGACAUACGCAGAGGCAUACAAUAACCUAGGAGUUCUUUACAGAGAUGCUGGUGAUAUUGCUCUAGCAAUUAAUGCUUAUGAGCAAUGUCUCAAGAUUGAUCCUGACUCUCGAAAUGCUGGCCAGAACCGCCUGCUUGCAAUGAAUUACAUAGAUGAAGGAAAUGAUGACAAACUUUUUGAAGCUCAUAGGGAUUGGGGUAGGCGGUUUAUGAGACUAUAUCAACAACUCCCAUCAUGGAACAACUCAAAAGAUCCCGAACGGCCUCUUGUGAUAGGAUAUGUAUCUCCUGAUUAUUUUACACACUCUGUGUCAUAUUUCAUAGAAGCUCCCCUUAUCUAUCACAACUACGCCAAAUAUAAAGUGAUUGUUUAUUCAGCAGUUGUCAAGGCAGAUUCAAAAACCAUUCGGUUUAGAGAGAAAGUUUUAAAGAAGGGUGGGAUCUGGAAAGACAUUUACGGGACUGACGAAAAGAAGGUCGCUGAUAUAAUUAAAGAAGAUCAAGUUGAUAUUUUGGUAGAACUUACUGGUCAUACUGCAAACAAUAAGCUGGGAAUGAUGGCAUGUCGACCUGCUCCAGUUCAGGUGACUUGGAUUGGUUAUCCCAAUACUACAGGAUUGCCUGCAAUUGAUUACAGAAUAUCUGAUUCACUGGCAGACCCUCCUGAAACAAAGCAGAAGCAUGUUGAAGAGUUAGUCCGAUUACCAAAUUGCUUCCUUUGUUACACUCCUUCCCCCGAGGCUGGUCCUGUGUGUCCGACUCCUGCUCUUUCCAAUGGUUUUAUUACAUUUGGUAGUUUUAACAAUCUUGCCAAGAUUACUCCUACAGUAUUGAAGGUUUGGGCAAGGAUACUUUGUGCAAUUCCAAAUUCUCGCCUCGUGGUAAAAUGUAAACCAUUUUGCUGUGAUAGUGUGAGACAGAGGUUUCUUUCAACCCUAGAACAGUUGGGAUUGGAACCACUACGAGUUGAUCUUCUGCCCCUUAUUCUACUUAACCAUGAUCAUAUGCAAGCAUAUUCUCUGAUGGACAUCAGUUUGGACACGUUUCCAUAUGCUGGGACAACUACAACAUGUGAAUCUUUAUACAUGGGAGUUCCUUGUGUUACAAUGGCUGGUUCAGUACAUGCACACAAUGUUGGUGUUAGUCUUCUUAGCAAUGUUGGGCUGGAGAAUUUGAUUGCCAAAAAUGAAGAAGAAUAUGUUAAAUUGGCCAUGAAGUUAGCCUCCGACAUUCCAGCAUUACAAAACUUGAGAAUGAGUUUACGAGAGCUCAUGUCCAAGUCUCCUGUUUGUGAUGGAGCAAACUUUAUCCUUGGUCUAGAGUCAGCAUAUAGGAGCAUAUGGCGCAGAUAUUGUGAGGGAGAUGUUCCAUCUUUGAAACGCCUGGAGUUGUUAGAACCACCUGUUUCUGCCGAUAAGAACUCUGAGCCAACAAGUGCUGUAAACGCAAUUGAGGGCAGCACUGGAUCUGUCAAGGCGAAUGGAUUCAAUUCAGCACAGCCACCAAAACUUAAUACUAACGGUUGCGAAGAAAAUGGCAGGUCCUUAAAAAACAGUAAGUAA